AUGGAAUCACGAAAUUAUACACAAUUUUCAGACUUUCUUCUUCUGGGAUUUGCAGAGGGUGAAGAAUGGCAGCCUCUCAUAUUUGGACUUUUCUUCUUCAUGUACCUGAUCACAGUACUUGGGAACCUACUCAUCAUUCUGGUCACAAUCUUAGACUCCCACCUGCACACACCCAUGUACUUCUUCCUCUCCAACCUGUCCUUUGUGGAUAUCUGCUUUACUUCCACCACCAUCCCCAAGAUGCUUGUGAACAUACAGACACACAGCAAGGUCAUCACCUACAUAGAUUGCAUCACCCAGAUAUAUUUUGUGAUAUUAUUUGCAUGUUUGGACAACUUCCUCCUGGCUGUGAUGGCCUAUGACCGCUUUGUGGCCAUCUGUUACCCUCUACAUUAUAAGGUAAUAAUGAAGCCCCAGCUCUGUGGAUUCCUGUUACUGGUGUGCUGGGUCAUAAGUGCCCUGAAUUCCUUGUUACACAGCUUAAUGGUGUUGAGGCUGUCCUUCUGCAGAAACACAGAAGUCCCGCACUUUUUCUGUGAACUUGAUCAGUUGGUUCACCUUGCCUGUUCUGACACUUUUCUUAAUAAUAUAGUGAUGAAUUUUGUAGCUGGGUUGUUGGGUGGCGGUCCUCUCAUUGGCAUCCUUUGUUCUUAUGCUAAGAUAGUUUCCUCUAUACAUAAAAUAUCAUCGGCUCAGAGGAAAUGCAAGGUAUUUUCCACUUGUGCAUCUCACAUCUCAGUUGUCUUCUUAUUUUAUUGUACAGUCCUGGGAGUGUACCUCAGUUCUGCUAUGACCCAAAACCUACAAUCAACUUCAACUGUCUCAGUGAUGUACACUGUUGUCGCCCCCAUGCUGAAUCCCUUCAUCUAUAGUCUGAGGAAUAAGGACAUAAAGAGGGCUUUGAAAACAUUCUUUGAGAAAGAAACUAGAAAAGACCCCAUUUUUCUGAGACUAAAAAGUUGCUGUAGAUUGAAAGACUCUAAUCCACAGAGGAAGAAAUUAUAA